GGUGCACUGGCCUGGAAGAGCUGAUUGGGAUUGAUCCGUCCUUUGAGAUAUUUGAGACAACCCUUUUCAGUCAAAUAUCUAAAGGUUUGGAACGCAGUGUCCAAACUAAAGCAGUAAACCAGCAGCUAGAUCAAAAUAUUUCAUUGUUCCUGAUUCACUUGUCUCCAUAUUUCAUGCUUAAGCCAGCACAGAAGUGCCUUGAGUGGCUGAUUCACAGGUUUCAUAUUCAUUUGUAUAAUCAAGACAGUUUGAUUGGCUGUGUAUUGCCCUACCAUGAGACAAAGUUGUUUGUGCGAGUUAUUCAACUUUUAAAAAUUAGCGACUCAACUCAUAAAUGGCAUUGGUUGCAUCCAAUUCAGAAACCAGGAGUCCCUCUUGCACGAGGAACUUUGAUUACACACUGCCACAAAGAUUUGGGUUUCAUGGAUUUCCUAUGCAACCUAGUGACUAAAUCUGUAAAGGUCUUUUCACAAUACCCAGGGAGUUCAUCACAGAUGAGAGUCCUGCUGACUUUUUAUGCUUCUACAAUUGUGUCUGCUCUUGGGGCCAUAGCAAAUGUCACAGACACCCUUGUCUCCAGAUUGCUUCCAUAUAUCCAAAAGGGUUUGAAAUCAUCCUUGGUGGAUUUCAGAGCUGCAACAUAUAUGAUCAUCUGUCAGUUAACUGUAAGGGUAACAAUGGAACAAUCACUGGUUCGUUCGUUGAUGUUACUGAUUAGUAAGACUUUGACCAAGAUACCCUCUCUUGUCAAAGAUGGGCUAUGCUGCUUGAUUGUCCUUCUACAGAGCCAGAAGGAAGAAGGACUUGGAGAAAAACCAUAUGUUCAUCUGUGUAAUAUACCCAAUCUGAUUGCUACUCUUCAUGAAAUUUCAUCAGCUCACGAUGUCAGUCCAAUUUUACAUUAUCUCCUGCCCCACUUAGUUCAUUCAGUUAUUUAUGGAAAAGCAGAGAUGGAAGAAGGAUCCAACACAAUUGAUAAUCAAAUCUACAUUAAACAACUGGAAGCUAUACUUACAACUAUACCACUAGAAAAAGAUUUGGAUCAUUUAUUGGCCUGUAAGUUUCUGGAGGAUUAUAUUUCCUAUGGUGUAAAGAGUGGUUCUGAUCCUGCCAAAAUAGCUGAAAUUAAUAAAGAGUUACUUCCUCUAAUCAGACUUUUUGAAAGAAAGUACUCUAGAACACUAGAUUUGGUACUGGAGAAAUAUCUGAAGAAUGUCAAAAAUCAGAAGGAGCAAGAUCUUUUCCACCAAUUUAUUUCUCUUUCAGUGAGUGGUGGUAAAUAUCAGUUUCUAGAAGAUUCAAAUACCUCCCUGCUCCUUAGUUUGAAUCAUUCACAGCCAGCAGUGAGAGUCCUGGCUGUUCAACAUUUGAAAGAAAUAAUUGAAACAUCAAAGGAGGGCUUUGAUGACUCUUUCAUAGAAGAAGCAAUUGUAGCACGACUAAAAGAUGAUAAUUUAGGUGUGGUUAUGUCAUCUCUUCAUACAUUAGAUAGUGCCUUGAUUCGUUUGAAUAAAUUUGGUGAACAAAUUGGACUCAGUCUGUUGUCUCUGUUUGAAAGAGCUGAUCUCUUAAAGGAUGAAAAAUGGUGCAAAAUUCUAGAAAUGGUAUUAUGCCUUUUAAUGAAAGUAGAUACUAUUAAGGAAAAUAAAGAUCUCUUCAAUCAGUUAGUCCUACAAUUGCUACCUUUUCUGGUCAUAACCAACAAUGAUUUAAAAUCUGCUGAAGGGAGAGUGGCAGUUUGCAUAACAGAGUCCGGUCUUUGUUCUCUUCAUCCUUUGUUGAAAGGUUGGCCAAAUGUUUUCCAAGAGGUGAUUAAUUCAGCUAAGUCAGGAGACUUAUCAGGCGCAUCUAAUGCCAGACUGCUGGACCUCUUGUCCAAGAACCUGAUUUCAGAAGAUUCUUCCUUCGUGUCAGAAAUGGUGGAAGGCUUCAUCAAUCUUAUUGAAAAGGAAUCUCCUACUGGAAAACAGAAGCUAACAGGCCACAUUAUAAGUUUUGUUCUUGUCCAGUCUUGUUGCAAUUGUUCCCAAAUGGGAGACUGUUAUUUAUUCCUGGCUUUAAGGAUCUUCUAUUUUUUGAAUAAAAAAAUGGACAGAUUUAAAGACAACUGUUCUUCAGAGGAGAACAAUUCUUCUGAGUUCCCAUCUGGGAAUGAAUCUUUCCGGGACCUGUUAUCAACGUAUACAAAAAAAUUAAACGCUCAGGCAUCGGUUGACCUUGAAGAUGCCAUGCUGUUCCUCAUUUUGUUGAGAAGUUUUAUUGAAGGCCUGGUCUCUCCAAAUUCCUUUUUGAAAGAUGAAGUCUGGUGGAAUCCUGAAACUUUAAAUUCAAACAGUAAAGAUUAUUUGCACUUGCUGUUGGGACUAUUUGACGUUGUUAUCAGAGGUGCAAGUGAGGGAUUCUAUGCUGGUCAUUUUCGGGCACUGAUGCGACUUCUGUUUGAGGCACAUUUGAAAGGACCAGAGCAUCAGUUUAGAUUUCUCUCCAUUUUAUGGACUUACAACUACAACUUGUGCAAUCAGCUAAACUUUGUGAUGGAUGCUGUGCUGCAAACUCGGGCAUUGUACAUAGGAAGUGUCAUGCUCGAAUCUCAAUCUGAGCAGAAAAAAAGGCAGUUGGUGUCAACUGCAUCUCCAGUAAUUGUAUCUCUGUUGAUCAAUUUGGGAAGUCCUGUGAGUGAAGUCCGAAGAGCUUCCCUCAAGUGCCUCCAUUCCUUAAGUGGAGUAGAAGAAUCCACUUUUCAUCCCAUGCUUCAGAGUUUCACGAAGAAAGCUGAGGAAAUAAUGUCUGAUUCAACUUACGUUAUCCAGGUUCUUGGUGAUCUCUUUGGAGGAGAACCUACCCAACAGAAGCAAAAAGCCAAGCAGCAGAAAUUGUCAGAAGCAUUGACAGCAUUACUUGAAUGUGUCCAAGGCUUUAGAUGUCCUUCCUAUAUUGCAAGAAACCUGAUGAAAAUUCUUCAUAAAGUCAAUGGCAGUGCCGUGCUUCUUAGCUUACUGCCUCUCCUAGAUCGGCUAUUGGAGAAAGCUUUUGGUACCGGACAGAUGUUGAAAGAUGAAGCCCUUCUUUUGCACCUCGUUCUUGGGAAAUACAAUGAGCACUCGGCAACACUCCUCUGCACAAGUCAAGAGUGCCUACAUCUGUUCCUCAAAGCGUUGCAUGCCUCGCAGGAAGUGUACCAGGGCCUUCAUCCUUUUCAGAUUACAGCUCUUGGGCAGAUUACAAAAGCUUUCUUUGCUGCACUGCCAGAUGGGAAGGUACAGCAAAGGAUUCUGGGAGUUCUUUUUGACUUACUUCUCAAUUGCAAGAAUCUACAUUGUGCCCAGACAAUCAGCAGCGUAUUUAAAGGGAUUUCAGUAGAUGCUGAGCAGAUUAGUAUCGAACUGGAACCUCAACCUAAAAUCAAGACUGUGGCUACAGUUCACCAGACAAGAAGGCAGAAAAUACAACAACAGAGGAAAGUCCAAGAUCAAGAAUGUGCACAAGAAGAAAGUAUGAACUGGCAAAGAAUUACACUUAUCCUAGAAUUGCUACAGCACAAAAAGAAGCUCAAACAGCCUCAGGCCCUGAUACCUACCCUUUUCAAUUUGCUAUCUAGGUGUCUAGAACCUACUGCAGGGGAAGAAAAUCUGGAAUACACAAAACAACUAAUACUUGGUAGUUUGUUAAACAUUUGUCAGAAGCUGUCCCCAGAUAGCAACAGGAUAAAGGCAGGUCUCCUGGAUGAAGAGAAGUUCAAUGUGGAACUGAUUGUUCAAUGCAUCCGGGUCUCAGAAAUGCCACAGACACAUCACCACGCACUGCUGUUGCUGGGUGCCGCAGCUGGAAUGUUUCCUGAUAAAGUGCUACACAAUAUCAUGCCCAUUUUUACAUUCAUGGGAGCAAACGUCAUGCGUCUGGAUGAUGCGUACAGUUUCCAGGUGAUUAACAAGACAGUGAAGAUGGUCAUUCCAGCUCUUAUACAGGCAGAGGAAGAUGGUAGGUCUUCAGGAACUGCAGGGAACAUGGAAGGAGUUGUGAUUAAAAUCAUCCGGGUUUUUGUGGAUGCCUUGCCCCACGUGCCAGAGCAUCGGCGUCUCCCAAUUCUAGAGCAACUGACAAGUACUUUGGGGGCAGAGCGAUUUCUGUGGAUUCUUUUAGUACUGUUGUUUGAACAACAUGUAACCAAAUCUGGGACUGCAGUAGCCAGUGGGGAGAAGGAUAUUGUUUUGGAAACUGAUACGGAAUUCUGGAUUUCUGUAUGUUGUGAAUUCAGCAUAAUUGAACAGCUGCAAAGUUUAAUGAAACUACUCAGCUAUUUAACAAACCUGCCAGAGAACAAAGAAGACGAUUCUGGGCAAAAGAAGUCGAGGCCACUCAGGACACAAGCCUACAGUCAAGAAACAGAACUCUUUGAUGUGGAGUCUCAUUCUGGCAAACAGUUGAGGCAUUUGAAAUUCCUGGCAGUCUCUUUCAUGUCACAGCUUCUGGCUUCGCACAGUUUUGUAAAAAAAGUAGUUGAAUGUGAAGAUUCUGAAGAGUUAAAGGAACUUGAACAAAAGUUGUUGGAAAAAGUUCUUUGCUACAUAAAUGCAGUGGCACAAUCAAUAGAAAAAAAUGCCAACACUUUGACAGCCAAAUUCUGGAAGGUUUUGCUCAACAAAUCUUAUGAACUACUAGAUAAAAUCAAUUCCUUAAUUCCAACAGAAACCUUUAUUCCUGUCCUCAGGGGCCUGAUAAUCAAUCAGUUGCCCUCAGUGAGACGUAAAGCCAUGGAUCUCCUCAACAAUAAACUGCAACAGAACACACAAUGGAAGCAAACCCAAGUGGAACUGCUGCUUGAAUUGAUUCCCGACCUCCUCACUGUUGUGCAACAUCAGGAAGCUGAGGAACAGGCAAUUAACAGGCAGACGGCCUUGUAUAGCUUGAAGUUGCUGUGCAAGUGUUUUGGCACAGAGAAACAUGAGCUGUUUGUAACUGUGUUAAAAGUGGCCAUCAAGGUGAUUUCUUCAGAUGGGAAAGAAGAAAAAAAUGUUGUUGGAAGUGCUUUGUUGUGCGCUGCUGAGGUCACCUGUGUGCUGAAAGCAUUGGCUAUACCUCAACUUCCAAGACUGAUGCCGGCAUUGCUAAAUAUACUGAAACACAAAAAGGACUUGGUCGCCAAUGAAAUUUAUUUACUUAGCACAGUGACGGCUCUGCUGAAAAUUGUAGAAACUUUGCCAUGCUUCCUCAGCCCAUAUUUACUGGAUGUUCUGCUCCAGGUGGUCCACUUGGACAGAAUUACUGUUGAAAUGGGACCUUCAUCUCAAGUUAAUCUUCGUGUGGCCUCUCUGAAAACCACUUUAGCAACAAAACUUCCAGCAAGAGUUCUUCUGCCGGCAAUUGCCAAGUGCUAUGGUGAAAUUGCAAAUGCCUAUAAGAAUGAUGUGGGUACUAUAAUGGAUAUUUUGAAGGAGCACAUUGUAACUCUGGAGAAAAAUCAGCUCUCUGCUCAUCAAUCUGAGCUAACAGCAUUUUUCACAAAGGCUUUGGACUUCAGAGCUGAACACUCUCAGGACAAUAUAGAGAAGGUUGGCAAAAUAGAAUCUCGAAUUAUUACAUGCUUAAUCAGCAUGAUUAUGAAGCUUUCUGAAAUGUCUUUCCGACCCUUGUUUUUCAAGCUCUUUGAUUGGGCCAAAACUGAAGGUGCCUCAAAGGAUAGACAGUUAACUUUCUACCGACUGGCAGACUGUAUUGCUGGUGAGCUAAAAGGGCUGUUCAGCCUAUUUGCUGGCCAUUUAGUGAAACCUUUUGCUGACAAUCUGAACCAGAUUAAUACAUCAAAAACAGAUGCAGAUGAAGCUUACUUUGAAUCUGAGGGCGACACUGAAAAAAGUUGCUUAUUACUACAAUAUAGCCUUGAUUGCUUGUACAAAAUCUUCCUUUUUGAUUCUUAUCAUUUUGUGAGCAAAGAGAGGGCAGAAACAUUGAUGCUGCCGUUAGUCAAUCAGCUGGAAAACAUGCUUGGAGGAGAAGAGAAAUUCCAGGAGAGAGUGACUGUGCAUUUGAUUCCGUGUAUAGCACAGUUUGCAGUCGCAAUGGCAGAUGACUCUCUGUGGAAGCCCCUGAACUAUCAGAUUUUGCUAAAGAUGAGGCAUGCAUCGCCCAAGGUUCGAUUUGCAGCUUUGUUGGCUUUGUUAGAGCUUGCCGAAAAAAUAAGAGAAAAUUAUAUGGUACUACUACCAGAAUCCAUUCCUUUCUUAGCUGAGCUUAUGGAAGAUGAAUGUGAAGAAGUGGAGCAUCAAUGCCAAAAAACCAUUCAGCAGCUUGAAGUUAUUCUUGGGGAACCACUCCAGAGCUACUUUUAAUCCUAUCCCACCAACUCUUCUGGUUUUAGAGGUUAAGGCUUGCAAGGACCAAGAGAACACAACCUUUUUUCUAAUUCUUUGUUUCAUGUAUAUUUUCACAUAUAUAUUUGAUCAUUUUGCUCAAUAUUUAUGUUAAAAGGACUAUUUAGAUUUUAAUUAAAAAAGAACAAAUUUUCAAGUGUAA